AUGAGUCAAUUUUUCGAGCCCUCAGUCCAUAGCAGUGUAUCUGACCAAUCAGAUGUUUUCAUUCAACAAACAAUACAAACAACCAUGGUUGAAUUGUCACUUUCUCCAGAAUCUCAUAGACCUAAUCGUAAUUUUAAUAAUAAAAGCAAUCGAGCGGUUGCUAAAAAACACUUAAGAGUACCAGAUUUUACCGGCCGUUAUCACUUAAUGAGAGUAGAGAAGCCUGGAUCGUCGAUAAAAAAAACUAGUGCUGCAGCAAAACGGAAUAAAACUGUGGGUGGUGUGAAUGAGCCGGUGCAGCUGCUAGCUGAUGAAAGUUUUAAUAAAAACAACAAUAAUAGCAAAGGAAACAACAAAAUUGGAAAAGAGGAACUUGCUUGUAUGACUACCGAACAGCUAAACAACUAUGCAAGAUUUAUCGAUAUGAAAUUACGUAACACUUAUAGAAGUCGCUGA